AGUUCAAGUGCAUGUACACGAUUUGCUAUAAAUGUGAUUUAAUUGCGGAUAAUAUAACUUAAAUACCAGAAUUAUUUUAGUUUGUUUAGUUACAUAUUGUAAUCAUUUAUUUAGGUGUAAUGUGUUAUUGAUUGAAUGUGUUACAUUUGAAUUCAGCUGUACUUCCUGCAAACGCCCCGUUGAUAGGUGCCGAUAGGUACAGUUCGUGGUGUUAUGAGUGACAAUAAUUUGGAGUAAGAGAUAGACUACUAUCUUUUAAGUGAAAAGAAAUGUUUAAAAAUUGUUGUGGGUGCAAGAACAACAAAACGAACAAGGACGAUGAAGUUGACAAAGAGAGGGAUGCGUAUGGACCGAAGCAGACGCAGAACAAGGAGCUUGCAGACGGCGCCGACGCAGCUGACAAGAAGAUGAAGUCACCUCUCAAAACCUCAGACAGUCUGAAAAUUGUCUCCUCGCUACCGAAUGUGACAAUAACGGAACCAGAUAACGGUCCACUGAAAAGGUCUCAGGAUGAAGGGAAACCAGAAAUCGUUACUGAGAGCAGCGAAAAUAAACAAAGGGAGGAAAUGCGAAACGAGAAGCAACCCUCGGAGAUUGUGGCAAAUGGCGUGAAAGAUGAAAUGAUGACAUGUGCAGUCGAAGCCAAGCAUGAUGAAGUAGGACGGGACGUAACUGAUGACAAACUGCUACCAUAUACUGAUGAAUUGUUGGUACAGGAAGAGGAAAUAGGAAGGUCCCGGUUGCCCAGCGAGGAUGAACUGGACACAGCGACGCUACAGGCCGUGGCGAGAGGAAUUCUAGCCACUCCGCACCCUUCCAAACGAGGUAGUGGCGGCAUCCCUAACUUGGCCGCCAUGCCACAGUGGCUGUCCCAGGAAGAUGAUGACAUGGUAGCUGAAGGGGGUGGCACCGCGGAGCCCCCAGCUACUCCUGUGGGCCGAGACGAACUGGCUCUACGACGCCAUCGCUUCUUUUCCGAUUUGCUCCACGCUCAUCAGGCAGGGACAGAACAUAGAGUUCGGUUUGACCCUUUGGGUCCUACUGUUGCUGGAG